GCAGUUGAGCCCAACAAAGCGUCGAGGCAACACUGCAGCCCGUUCAUCAGCCGUGCUUUCUUCUGCUUUCUUCUCCAGCCAGUGAUCACAGUGCGUGGCCGGAGAAGUGUGGUUUUCCGUGGCAAUUGUGUGUGGCAUCUCAAGUGAAUCAAGAGGAAAAAGUUUCUUGCUGUGAAAUUGUGAGGUGAAGAGAGUGAGAGACGAGCCCAGAGGGAAAAUGGAGCGUUUCCCUUCAAUUUCUCUCCUUAUCGUGGCCGCUUUGGCUGCACUUGUGGCCAGCGAGGAGUUUGACGAUGUGGCUCGAGCUGCAUCACCUGGCUUCGCCGAUGGCUUCAACCAGUGGCACUCUGGCUUGCUGGACUUCAGUGGGACGCAGGGACUCUUCUGGCCGCACCAGCUGGAGCCGGCGUUCCGCGAUGGGAGCAGCUUUGGGCCGCGUCAGCCCGCCGUUGAGCACAUCCCAGUGAAGGCUGACGAGACCGCGGACGGGAAGCCAGAAGGCGACACCGAGCCUCUGGACGUGGAAUUCAUCAGCGGAACCGUUGGCAAUCCGGAUGACACUCAAGUGCAGAUUGAGAAUCGUCCGCCAGUGCAAUCCUAUCCGUCUUUCGGCGCCGGAUUUGGAGACACUCUCUUCCAGCACACCUUCACGAACUUCCCCGGAUUCAACAACUUCUUCCCAGGCUUUGGCUUCAACACUCCGCAAUUCAAUCCCUGGUGGAGAGGACCAAAUGUGUGCACGGAGAAGGAGGAGGACGUCGAGGAGUGGGACAGAGAUAUGCUCUCUGGGCUGUCUUUGAACUUCGAGUCGUGCGUUGAGAAGCCCAACAAGCACGUCUGCAAGACAAUCUCUAAUCGCAACGGGCAGAAGUACACGGUGACCGUUACUCACAAGUGCUGCCACGGAUUCGAGAGGGCCAGGGAAGGCGGACGUCAUGCCACGUGCAAGAAGGUCGAUCUUCACUCCGUCGAGGAGACGGCAGAGAGUCUGGGAGCCAAGGAGUUCAUGAGGAGUGUGAAGAACAAUGGCCUGACCGAGAAGAUCACCGAAAAUAUCACAAUGUUUGUCCCUCUGGAUUCCGCUUUCACGGACUUCUCUGAGAAGAUGUUUGAGUCGAAUCUCGUUGUCCUCCCACUCUCGAGGAGUCGCCGCGCCACCAAGGACGUGUCCGGAAUCACGACGAGGGAACUCGCUCUGGCGCACAUUGUGGACGGAUUCGUGAGGAUUGAGGAUGUGCAGAACGAACAACUUUUGACCACUUCCUUCGAGAACUCCACCAUCCGCAUGAACAUCUUCCCACGCCCGCCUCACUUCGAUAGCCACGAUUUCCGCUACACCGCCAAUUGUGCGCCUCUCCUGAAGGUCAACAAAGUGGCCACGAACGGCAUUGUGCACGUUGUGGAGAAAGUUCUACCGCCCGUGACGCAGAACAUCCUGGAACUGAUUGAGGGACGCAGCGACAUGACGAUCCUGCGCACGGUGCUGCAGAAGACGGAGCUGGACAAGAUGCUGGGAGAGGAGGGCAAGUCCUUCACGCUAUUCGCGCCCACAGACAGCGCCUUCGAGAAGCUGGAGCCCCACCUAAGACGCACCAUCAAAGAGGGAAAUGGCUGUGCCACAAAUAUCCUGAAGAAUCACAUUCUGGAUUUGACUUUCUGCUCCUGCGCUGUUCUGAACACGGUCAUGACCAACACGUACAAUUUGCUGGACCAGAAGAUGACCUUCGAACGCGUGGAGGCUGAGAAGGCGACUGAGGAGUCUGAGAUCGCCGACAUGACGGCCACCAAGGAGAUCACAGUGAAUGGCAUGGCCAAGAUGACGGAAUCCGACAUCAUGGCGACGAACGGCGUGAUUCACGUGAUCGACAAUGUGAUUCCCACGGAGUCAGGCAUGCCCAUCACUUCCAUGCUCUCCUCGCAGAACCUCACCACGUUCAAGCGUCUUCUGGCGGCUUCUGGUCGUGAGGAGGAAUUCGAGAUGUUGUCCAACGUGAGCUUCUUCGUGCCCUCUAACAGAGCUCUGGCCGGAAGCCAGUGGGAGAAAGAGCUGGAGGAGAAUCCUAGCGGGUUGAAGGACAAUGAGGAGCUCAUCCGCUUCCUCAACUAUCACGUGGGAGUACCUCUCAUCAAGACAUGCGAUCUCAACGACGACAUGAUCCGCACCAAGACCGGGGAGGAUCUCCGAGUGAAUCUCUACGCCACGCACCCAGUCUUCUCGAAUGUGAUGAACCGCGCCACUGUGAACUGCGCUCGUCUGAUUCACUUCGAUGACGAGAGUUGUGGUGCAGUGUUGCAUCAAGUGGACAAGGUUCUGGAGCCGCCCACGAAGAGUCUCCUGGAGAUUCUGGACUCUACCGAGAAGUACAGCAUGUGGCGGGAUUUCGUGCGCUCCACGAAUUUGACGAGCCUCCUUGAGGACACGGAGCACGACUACACGAUCAUGGUUCCCACGAAUGAGGUGUUCAGGGAGCUGCGCGAGUGGUACGAGGAGAAAAUGAGCAAGCCCGAGGAGGCGGAGAUGAUCGUGAAGAACCACAUGCUUACAGAUGUGCUCUGCUGCGCCGGAAUCGUCCCAUCUGACUGGCCGUUCGUGCGCACUAUCGAAGCCCUGAGCGGCCGACCUCUUCGCAUCGACCGCGGUCGCCGGCCGGUUGUGGCGAACGCCGGCGUAACCAAAUGUGAUGUCGUGGCCAAGAACGGCGUCUUGCACGAGAUUAACGAUGUGAUCAUCCCCAAGGAGCGCCAGCGGACGCCCGUGUCGUCCUUCUUCUGGUGAGACGCCGCCCUCCCACCCAUCUAAAUUAUACAGCAGCCGCGCCCCAGCAGCUCAUCUCUUACGUUUAAGCACGCAGAUUUAUGUUUAUUUGAUCUACUAAGUGGAUGGCAAAUAAAUUGUGAGACAAAGA